AUGAAAAACAUCAAUAAUUCUGAAUCUCUUCAUUUGAUUUUGGGUCUUCAAUUUUAUCUUGGGUCUUCAAGUGAACUUACAACUAACGAAAUGAGUUUGAAGUCUCUUCAAGUGUAUUUUAAUGGUCAAUCAAGGUGUGGAAAUGAAUUGGGAAAAUUAUUAAAUGCUUCUUAUGAAAGUGAGAAGUGGGCACAAGACGUGCUCAGUUUUUGGGGUGAUCCUUCCAAAGCUUUGAUGAAUUCAAGUUUGUUUGAUUUCGGACAGUUCAACGAUUGUAUCAGAUAUCAACAUGAAUCUUUCAGAGGAAAGUAUUGCAUUGCGAAGUUUUUGGCAGCGAAAGUUAAGACAAAUAAAGUUAAUUUCGAAGAUUCUCAUCCAAUUUGGACAUCACUAGCGAAAAUAACAAAAGAUUUCAAAUCUGGUUUAUGUGUUCCUAGCGUUUGUAAAGAAAAUGAGUUACAUAAAAUUGGAAAGGAUUUGAUUAAUCAACACGAUGUUCAGCUGGGUAACGUGCAAUGUUAUGCGCCUUAUACUUUCACAAAAAUUGAUUACGUGUUUAUAGAACUUAAAACGUUGAACAAGGAUCCUGCAAUCAUUCGAUGCAUCGAUGGAAUAAAAGUUUUGACAGCUGUUUGGAUCAUUAUUGGUCAUAGAAAUGAUAUGAUAACUCAACUUUUUGGUGAUAAAGCAAUAAUGCCAAAUAGGAAUCUAUGGGAAUCAACAAUAAAUAAUUUUAUAACCAGAUACUUUCGAGCUGUGGACACGUUUCUAGCAUGUUCGGCUAUUCUUACUGUUCAAACAUUUUUAAAACUGCUCGAUAGUUUAAUCUUGGGUCUUCAAUUUGAUCUUGGGUUGUCAAGUGAACUUAUAACUAACGAAAUGAGUUUGGAAUCUCUUCAAAGAUAUAUAAAUAGUCAAUCAAGGUGUGAAAAUGAAUUGGGAAAAUUAUUAAAUGCUUUUUAUGAAAGUCAGAAGUGGUCACAAGACGUGCUCAGUUUUUGGGGUUAUCCUUCCAAAACUUUGUUGAAUUCAAGUUUUUUUGAUUUCGGACAAUUUAACGAUUGUAUCAGAUAUCAACAUGAAUCUUUCAGAGGAAAGUAUUGCAUUGCAAAGUUUUUGGCAGCGAAAGUUAAAACAAAUAAAGUUAAUUUCGAAAAUUCUCAUCCAAUUUGGAUAUCGCUAACGAAAAUAAUAAAAGAUUUCAAAUCUGGUUUAUGUGUUCCUAGCGUUUGUAAAGAAAAUGAGUUACAUAAAAUUGGAAAGGAUUUGAUUAAUCAACACGAUGUUCAGUUUGAACUAGUAACGGUGAACAAGGAUCCUGCAAUCAUUCGAUGUAUCGAUGGAAUAAAAGUUUUGACAGCUGUUUGGAUCAUUAUUGGUCAUAGAAAUGAUUUGAUAUCUGAUCUUUUUGGUUAUAAAGCAAAUAUGCCAAAUAGAAAUCUACUGGAAUCAACAAUAAAUAAUUUCAUGACCAGAUACUUUCGAGCUGUGGACACAUUUCUAAGGAAACUUCAAUCUAUUCAAAACUAUUUUCAUUCGAUAUCUCAGAUUUCUCCCUUUGCUUUCAUUUCUGAUGAUGUUCUCAAUAAGCAAUUUACCUCACAUCUUGACAAGUGGACCAAUGUUUUUCUUGAAUAGAACUAGAAGUACGCAAUGCUCAGAAACUUGGUGGUCAUCUCUGCUAUUUAUACAAAAUUUUGUGCAUGUUGGCUUUAGUUGCAUGAAUCACGCGUGGUACCUUGCUGUUGAUCUACAACUGUUUGCUUCAGCCACAGUGUUUGCUUACCUCCUUUGGGCAUUUGGAAAAAGAUCUCUAAUCAUCAUAAUUUUAGUGAUCUUUUCAGUUCAAUAUAGCAUUUUCUCUAUGAUAGAAAACAAUACUUUGAUUAGUGUUUUUCGUUAUAAACAACCUCAGUAUCGACUUGGAGAGUAUUUGGUUGGAAUUGCAUUUGGAUAUUUGAUUUACACAAGCAACGGAAAGAAAUUGAGGCUUGGAAAAUUCAUCACUUUGUCAUGUUGGAUAUUAUCAUUGGGAUUUAUUGGAAUACACACUUUCACAAGGAUUUGGUGGACUUCUAACAGUACAAUAAAUCAUAUACUUCAAGCGACCCAUGUUGAAGCAUGGACAUGUUCCAUAUCUUGGAUUGUUUUUGCUUGCCAUGUGCUGAAAUCUGGAAGCAUUUUAAGAAAAUUUCUUUCGAGUAUAUUUUGGCAACCUUUAUCAAAAUUAUGCUUGAGCAUUUAUUUAAUUCAUUUCAAAUAUCUAGAAUUAACAGAUUUCAAUCAAAAAGUAUUUAUUGUCCGAACAUUAUCACAAAGGUUGCUUCUUUUUACAUCCGAUGUGAUCAUAUCUUUCAGCCUCGGUUUGAUUUUUUACUUGCUGAUUGAAGCACCAGCAUCGAAACUUAUUGGAAGAACUUUUAAAACUAAGAAGCGAUAAGACAUUGAAUUAAUUUUGUUAGGUUUCAUAAGUACUGAGAUUUACUUGCACAAAAAUUUAUUUCAUAAAAAGGAAUUGAUUUCCAUAUUAUGUUUUCAUUUAUUGGUCAAAGAGUUCUUGAAUUUCAAGCAGUGAAAUAUCAAAUAAUAAAAAAUUUAAACUAUUGAAUAG